AAUUAAUAUUCAUGAGUAAGGCCUUCGCCGUAGUAGGAAUCGGUGGGAUGGGAUUUGGGACACUGGGAACAUGGCGGCUGCCUUGGAAAAUGAAUUGGAAGUAGAUAACGAAGAUUAUUAUUCUCUGCUCAAUGUCAGGAGAGAGGCUACUCAAGAGGAGUUGAAGUCGUCGUACCGGCGGCUUUGUAUGCUGUACCACCCUGACAAGCACAGAGACCCUGAGCUAAAGAGGCAGGCUGAGCAACUCUUCACCUAUGUACACCAGGCGUAUGAGGUUCUCAGUGACCCACAAUCCCGAGCCAUAUAUGACAUAUUUGGAAAGAAAGGCCUAGAGGUGGAAGGUUGGGAGGUGGUGGAAAGGAAGAGAACCCCCGCAGAGAUCAGGGAGGAAUAUGAACGUUUGCAGAGAGAGAGAGAUGAGAGGAGACUCCAACAGAGAACAAACCCUAAGGGGACAAUAAGUGUUGGCAUAGAUGCGACAGACCUCUUCGACCGAUAUGAAGAGGACUUUGAGGAUGCACCAGGAGGAGGUUUUCCCCACAUUGAUAUUAACAGGAUGCAUAUUUCCCAAUCCAUUGAGGCGCCCCUAACCACUUCAGAUACUGCUGUCCUCUCUGGAUCUCUCUCAACGCGUAAUGGCAAUGGAGGAGGAAAUAUAAACCUUUGUGUGAGGCGUGUGACCUCAGCAAGAGGCUGGGGAGAGCUGGAGUUUGCUGCAGGGGACAUAAGAGGACCUUUAUUUGGGAUGAAAGUGUUCCGUAACGUAACUGCACGCUGCUUUGUGACUGCCCAGUGGGGAUUACAGUUCUCCUCACAUGGUGUGCGGCCCAGUGCUACUACAAUGAUGGCCCGCCACCUGGACCAGAACACUAUGGGUUACCUGCAGUGGCGCUGGGGAAGCCAGUCUGCCAUGACCACCAGCAUUGUCAGGGACACCAAAACAAGCCACUUCACCCUGGCCCUGCAGCUAGGUGUUCCUCAUUCCUACCUGAUGAUGAGCUAUCAGUACAAAUUCCAGGAUGAAGACCAGACUAAGGUCAAAGGUUCUAUCAAGUAUGACGGGUUCUUUGGCACCGUGGUUGAAUACGGUGCAGAGCGCAAGAUCAGUCGCCACAGUGUUCUGGCUGCAACCGUCAGCAUUGGUGUACCCCAAGGAGUCUCCCUCAAAAUCAGGUUAAACAGAGCUAGUCAAACCUACCUCUUCCCUAUUCACCUGACAGACCAGAUUUUACCCAGCGCUGUGUUUUAUGCCACUGUGGGCCCGCUGGCCAUCUACUUAGCUGUCCAGAAGCUUAUUAUUAUGCCUUAUGUACGAGCCCAGAAGGAACAGGAGUUGGAGAAACAGAAGGAGGAUUCUGCUUCAGAAAUUGCUCGCAGGAAGCAAGAAGCUGAAGCUUCCGUUUUGCUGAUGCAGGAGUCAGUCAAGAGAAUUAUUGAUGCUGAGGAAUCUAAAAUGGGUUUGUGAAAUGCACUAUUAUGU